ACCGUAGAGUCGAAGCAUCCCCUCCCAAAAGAUGCCUGGGAACUGUAGUUUGCCCCUCACAGCUGCAGUUCCCAGCACCCUUAACAAACGACAAUUCCCAGGGUUCUUUUGGGUGUGUGUGUAACGUGCUUUAAAUGCAUUUGGCACGUAUGCAGCCCCGCUGCAAGACAGAGAGGCAGAGAAGUCACUUGCUUCCUCGCCUUCCUCCCGGGGAGUUGCUUUCUCAGUGGAAAUGCUGCUGCGGGAUCUCUUGCCUUCUACCUGCAGGGUAGGCGCUCUGCCGCUCGGCUACAAGCAAGCAGCUCCUCCUUCAGCUUGGCUUGCGAAGGGUUAACACGAACAACGUGGGCUUCCUAGAGAGGGAGCAAACGGAGGGGGUGCAGAGUCCGAGAUCCUUGCCUCCGAAGUCUCCUCCGGCCCGGAGGUGUGUGCGUGGAGAGAAAGCGGCCCUCGUUUCCCCAGGCGCCUUAUCAAGGGGCCCUUCCGGGAUCUGGAGGGCCUCUCGUUGGAGGAGGAGGAUUUAAAGUAUGUCUGUAAGGCUGAGUUGAUCUGGAUGGAAGGGAAUCCUCGGUUGUACUCCAAUUAGAAUUACACACACACCCCGAAUCUGGCACAGGAAUUGGUAGCGCCUCUAUUUAGGACAGACAGGCAUCCUUAAAGCACUGGUGGAUGAAGAACACUCAGCUGCCCCUGAAGCACAAAGAGGCCCCGAUGUCAUCAACACUGGCAACAGUGAGGAAAUCUGGGAAAGAACCAUGCAGACAGUCCUGGGCGAGAAGGACAAGCUCAGUUCAGAUGUGCAGCGCCUGCAGUUCAGGCAUUUCCACUACGAGGAGGCCAAGGGGCCCCGAGAGGCUUGCAGCCGACUCCACCACCUCUGCCGUCAGUGGCUGAAGCCAGAGCAAAACACGAAGAAUCAGAUUCUGGACCUGGUGAUCCUUCAGCCAUUUCUGGCUGUCCUUUCACCGGAGCUGGAGAGCUGGAUGAGGGAAUGUGGAGUGGAGACCAGUUCCCAGGCGGUGGCCCUGGCCGAAGGUUUCCUCCUGAGUCAGGCAGAGGACAAGAAGCAGGCAGAGCAGCAGAGAAAGGACCUGUUUGCAGAAAUGGACACUGAUUUCCCUGAGGCAGAGGGGACACCAUCGCACACUAGACGGAGGCCACUGGCUGAUGGAAUGAUGCCGGCAAGACCUCUUCUGCCAUGUCAUCUUCGCAAUGGAGAGGAAGCAGACUCUGUGGAAUCGGAUCGGGGUCCAGUGUCCUUUGAUGAUGUGGCCGUGCAUUUCACAGAGGAGGAGUGGGCCCUGCUGAAUCCUGACCAGAGAGCUCUGCAUCAGGAAGUCAUGGAGGAGAAUAGUGGAAUGGUGGUAUCCCUCGAAGGUGACGAAUUGAAAAACAAGAAUAAGGGAGAUCCCAUCAAAAUCCUCACAGUGGAGACACUAUAUGAAGAUUUAGAGUGUGGAGAGACCUUCAGUCAGAGCUCCCAGCAAAUAAUUCAUACUGAGGAGAAACCACAUCAAUGCUUGGAAUGUGGAAAGACCUUUACCUGCAAGAAAAGUCUCACUAUCCAUCAAAGAAUUCAUACAGGAGAAAAGCCAUAUGAAUGUUCAGAGUGCGGAAAGAACUUUAGACACAGUUGGAAUCUCACUUACCAUCAAAGAAUUCAUACAGGGGAGAAACCGUAUCAAUGCUUGGUAUGUGGAAAAAGCUUCAGACGGAGGUUCUACCUCACUUCCCAUCGAAGAAGUCAUACAGGGGAGAAACCCUAUGAAUGCUUGGAGUGUGGAAAAAGAUUCCGACAGAAGUCCCACCUCAAUUCCCAUCGAAAAACUCAUACAGGAGAGAAACCAUAUCACUGCUUGGAAUGUGGAAAGAGAUUUAAGAGAAGCACAGCAUUCCAUCUUCAUCAAAGAAGCCACAGUGGGAAUAAACCAUAUCAGUGCUUGGAAUGUGGAAAGAGCUUCAUGCAGAGCACCAGUCUCACUUCUCAUCAAAGAGUUCAUACAGGGGAGAGACCAUAUCAGUGCUUGGAAUGCGGGAAGAGCUUCAGACAGAGUAACACUCUCACUUCCCAUCAAAGAACUCACACAGGAGAGAGACCAUAUCAGUGCUUGGAAUGUGGAAAGAGCUUCAGACACAGUGCCCACCUCACUUCCCAUCAAAGAACUCACACAGGAGAGAGACCAUAUCAAUGCUUGGAAUGUGGAAAGAGCUUCAGACACAGUGGUCACCUCACUUCCCAUCAAAGAACUCACACAGGAGAGAGACCAUAUCAAUGCUUGGAAUGUGGAAAAAGCUUCAGACACAACAGCCACCUCACUUCCCAUGAAAGAAUUCAUACAGGAGAAAAACCAUACGGAUGCUUGGAAUGUGGAAAGAGCUUUAGACACAAUUCCGACCUCACUUCCCAUCAAAGAACUCACACAGGAGAGAAACCGUAUCAGUGCUUGGAAUGUGGAAAGAGCUUCAGGCGCCGUAACCACCUCACUUCCCAUGGAAGAAUUCAUACGGGAGAGAAACCAUAUCAGUGCUUGGAAUGUGGAAAGAGCUUCAGACAGAAAGGAAGUCUCACUUCCCAUGAAAGAAGUCAUUCAUGGGAUACUCCAUAUCAGUGCUUGGAAUGUGGAAAGAGCUUCCGCUGGAAGAAUACUUUCACUACACAUCAAAGAAUUCAUACAGGGGAGAAACCAUAUGAAUGCCUGGAAUGUGGGAAGAGCUUUAGAUACAAUUCUGACCUCAUUUGCCAUAGAAGAACUCACACAGGAGAGAAACCAUAUCAGUGCUUGGAAUGUGGAAAGCGUUUCAGACGCCGUAAGCUCCUCACUUGCCAUGAAAGAAGUCAUACAGGGCAUACACCAUAUCAGUGUUUGGAAUGUGGAAAGACCUUUACCUGCAAGAAAAGUCUCACUACCCAUGAAACAAUUCAUACAGGAGAAAAGCCAUAUGAAUGCUUGGAAUGUGGAAAAAGCUUCAGGUGGAAGUUCUACCUCACUUCUCAUCAAAGAAUUCAUACAGGGGAGAAACCAUAUCAGUGCUUGGAAUGUGGAAAGAGCUUCAGACAGAAGUCCCAACUCAAUUCCCAUAAAAAAAGUCAUACAGAAGAGAAACCAUAUCACUGUUUGGAAUGUGGAAAGAGAUUUAAGAGAAGCACAACAUUCCAUCUUCAUCAAAGAAGCCACAGUGGGAAUAAACCAUAUCAGUGCUUGGAAUGUGGAAAGAGCUUCAUGCAGAGCACCUGUCUCGCUUCUCAUCAAAGAGUUCAUACAGGAGAGAGACCAUAUGAAUGCUUGGAAUGUGGAAAGAGCUUCAGACACAGUAAUACUCUCACUUCCCAUCGAAGAACUCACACAGGAGAGAAACCAUUUCAGUGCUUGGAAUGUGGAAAGAGCUUCAGACACAGUGCCCACCUCACUUCCCAUCGAAGAACUCACACAGGAGAGAGACCGUAUCAAUGCUUGGAAUGUGGAAAGAGCUUCAGACACAGUGGCCACCUCACUUCCCAUCAAAGAACUCACACAGGAGAGAAACCUUAUCAAUGCUUGGAAUGUGGAAAGAGCUUCAGACACAGUGCCCACCUCACUUUUCAUGGAAGAAUUCACAGAGAGAUCAUAUCAAUGCUUGGAAUGUGGAAACAGCUUCCAUGACGGCACAAUCCUUAGUAAUCAUCGCAGGAGAGAAACUGCAUACGUGCUUCGAAUGUGGAAAGAGCUUCCUUUGGUGCGCCAAUCUCUUGUCCCAUCAAAAAAUUCAUUUAGGAAACUAACCCUAAAAGCAGUGGCAGCUGGUGGUCCCUGGACCUGGCAGGGCUGUUAAGAGGUCACGGAGGCAUGGCCAGUGGGGUGACACAAUUAUACCUAAGUUGGUCUGGGUUUCUCCCCAUCCUCCUUUCUUGCAGAGCUAUUGUAGAGAUUUAAGCAUUGCAGUUGUACAAAUAUUUAGCACCUGCUUGAACUGAAAAGUCUUCCUUUGAUUCAGAAGAGGUCACUGCUGUCACCUUUGCUUCUCAGCUAGGAAAAUGUUUGUGUAGCCUCUGCCUGUUCUCAUUUUCUCCCUAUCCUCCUCCCAUCCAAAGAAACAGGGGACACUUAAACAUUGCUGUUGUGUAAAUAUUUAGCACCUAAGUAAGUGUCCUACCUUGGUUCAGAACUGGUGUUGCAAUUUCUACUGUAGGUUUAUACUAUAAUAACCUUACAUUACUCAGAGUUACGCCUCAUGGUAUUCUAUGUGAAGUAGUCCCUGAUAAAUAUGUACAGGGUUGCAGUCUAAAACGCUUAGUCCUAAAGGUGCCACAGAGGACUGUUAAGAAGGGUCCUCAUAAAUGUUCAGACCUAUAGAAAAAGUAUUGUAGCAAAAAUACCCACCUCUGCAUCUGUUUCUGCACCCAUUUUGACUGGUUCCAGAAACAUUGCUGAUUCUUCUGUUCAUUAUUUUCCUUAGCCCAAUGGAGCUCAAUUAAAAUGAUUACACUGGGAAUCAAAGGCAACUUUCUAUUUUUGUGAUGUCCUUCAGAAACAGACCAGGUUGCAAACUAAACUGGUACGUCCCCAUUGCGUAUCUUGGCAUCUGUGUUCAGUUAUACAAAGAAUGAAUUGGCCAGACCCAAUCAGUCCACGUUGACAGAUUAGCUAAACAAACAAAUACUAUUUUUAACAUUAAUACAUUUACUAUGCUCAGAUAUGAAGCAGACCCAUUCUUUUAUUAAUGUUGUCACAGCCACUUGGUCCCAAAAGCCUGGAAAGCAUGACUCUUGUAAGGUAUCCAUCAGCUGCCAAUGUUACCAGGCCUAGAAAACAACCAAAAACAACCCUAUCAGGUAGGUGAUGGUGCUACCACGCUUUCUGUGCACUAGUUUGGUCCAGGAGAUUCCCAACCCUUUAAUGAAAUAGAGAUUCUUGGGAUCCCAUAGAGGCAAGGGUUGAAGACCAGACUCUGUUUCUUGGAGCCACAGGCCAAACAGGCGAUUCAGCAGCAGUUAGCCUAAAGGCCAAGGUGCUGUUUCUCGUACCAAGGCUUACCUGAAAGAACACACACCAGUAAAUUUGAGGUAGCUUUAAUUUUUAAAAAAAGUGCAUAAGAAUAGCAGUAUAAACAUCCCCAAACCAGAACACCAAUAAGGUAGAGAGAUGGAUCACCAAUAAUUAUAAGAAAGAUAAUAAUAAUCAAAACUCAGUUGAGUGUGUCAAACGUAACCAUUUUUUGCAGACAUUUUGACUGGUUUCAGAAAUCGGGCCCCAGAGCUGAUUUUCCUUACCCCAAUACAGUUCAAUUAAAAUCAUUAUAUUGGGAAUAGAAGUAAUCUUUCCAAUUUUACGAUGUCCUUCAGAGAUACGGUAGAUUUGCAGACCAAACUGGGACAUCACUACCCCAAUUUCCCUCUCUCGAAGCACUACCCCAUGUCUCCUGUUAUACAAGGAAAACAUUGAAUUGGCUAAAUCAACCCACACUCGUAGCUUAGCUAAAUAAGUUGUGAACAAAGUAAAUGUUACGUUUAACAUUAAUAAAUUUACUCGGCACAUAUGUGAACCGGAUAAAUUCUCAUAUUAAUAUAAUCUAGGUUUUGUUAAUAAAAUAGCAAUUUGCAUUUGACGUAGUUGUCUUAGAUGUGGCUAAAAUUAUUUUGCAUUGAUGACAGUGGAUUAUGUUUAACCAGAAUGGUUGCAGAAGUGGCACUGCAUGGUACCUUGGCGUAUGACCAAAUGCAUAUGACUUGACAUGUAUCUUUCAGGUAGUUUGAUUUGGAAUGUGGGUUUAUUUUUCUUUGAUAAUUGAUAAAGUUAGCAUUUAAAUUUAGGAAUGCAUCUUAAAUUUAUAUUCUUUAAAAAGAAACAUUUAGUAUAAAUAUCCCUACCUUUGAGUAUUUCUCUCUCUUCUUGAGAGGCACCUGUCACCUUCAUGUGCGCCCUUGCUGAGUCAGGUAAUUCUGAUUUCAUUGGGAUUCUCAGCCCUGUAGCAACAUUUCAGAAUUGUAGUAAUAACAAUUGUAUUUUAUAAUGGUUCUAUAUUAUUGACUAAUUUCAUUUGUUUUCUCUUGUGUAAUGUUUAAGUUCUGUUAAGUAAAGGAAAUGCAUUUACCAAGGUUAAAUGCUCAAGACUCAUCCUUGGAUCUAAAAUCUUCUGUGUGCUAAAACGGAGGGGACCUAAUUCUUCCUGCUCCAUCCAACGUGGCAUCUAAGGUGUGUCUUAACUGCCAGACCCAGUACGCGAUAUGUAGAAAUCAGAACUUCAUUCUGAAGAGAGCAAAUUUGCCAUAUUAUCCCCUCCUGCACUCAUUUCUACGUCUUCUUUCCAGAACAGCACAACCCUUACCAAACAUAGGAGUCACCCGGCAGAGAAACUGUAUGCAUGCUUGAAAUGUGGAAGGAGCUUCAGUCAGAGCUCCCAUCUCACAACCCAUCUCAAAACUCCCGCCCUCAUCAAAGGAACCAUACAGGGGAGAAGCCAGGACAGUGCUUGCAUUGUGGAAAGAGCUUCAGUCGGAGCUCCAACUCUCACUUCCUAUGAAACAAUUCACAGUGGGAAUGAACCAUAGUCUGUGCUUCGAAUGAGGAAACAUCUUCACUUGCAAAAUAAGUUUCAUUUCCCAUGAAAGAAUUCAUACAGGGCAGAAAUCAUACGAAUGCUUGGAAUGUGGAAAGAGCAUUAGGUGGAAGAAAAACCUCACUUUUCAUCAAAAUUCAUGCACAAGAUAAAUCAUAAAAGCAGUGGCAGCUGGUGGUGACUGGACCUGGCAGGGCUGCUAAGAGGUCAUGGUGGAGUGGCCAUGAGGGGACAGUUGUAGCCAAGUUGUUCUGGUUUUCUCCCCAUCCUCCCCUCUUGCAAAGUUACGCUGGAGACUUACGCACUGUAGUUGCACAAAUACUUCCUGUAGCACCUUCCUGAAUUGAAAAGUGUCUUGCUUUGGUUCAGAAGAAGCCCCUGCUGUCACUGUUAGAUUACUCAGAAAUAAGUGGACUGAACUUCAUGAGCAGCCCUAAUAAGUAAGGUGCAGCAUUGAAGUCUGAACUGGUUAGCCCUCAGGGUGCCACACAGGACUGUUAAGGAGAGCUGCUGUAAAUUUCAAAACCUGCUGAGAAAUAUUAUUCCUCUCCCCAACCCCAUUCACUUCUACAGCUUCUUUCCAUAAUGUGGAAUAUGUAGGGUUGUCAUAUUGCCUGGUUAGCUGGGUUUUACCCAAAUUCUAGCCAUGCAACCUGGUGUUCGCUUAGCUCAGGUGGCCCAGAUUCCCAGCCUUUGCUUUAAAAAAAAGCCUCUAGUCACCACCUCCCUGCCCCACAUUGCAAACAAGCUGCUGGCCACUCUUUCUCACCUCCUGCUAAGACCCGGCUACACACCCCAAUCUGUCUGCACCUGUCAUGUCUUUGCAUCCAGACUGUUGCUGGCAGUGCCCAAGCAGGUAGGCAGACAUGCAGGCAGGAUGGUUGGUGAGAGGUGCGCACGCAUGCACGGCUCCUUCUCUUCCUUGGCAGCACAGCUCUUUGUAUGUGUUUUAAAUAUUUUUAGAUUAAAUAAAUAGGAAAUCGUUGUAAUUGUGAACCUCCCUAAAAGCAAUUUACCUAGCCUUAGGUUUUGGCAAAGUGAUGGUGUGAAGGCAUGCUGGUAGAACAAGAGACCAUGUUUGAGGCACGUGAUAAGGUGUUUGAGGACUGUGUCACUCAUUACUUUUUGAGACCUGUAGAUUCAUGUUGGAAAGAACACAUACAUAGUGGCUUGGGUGUUUUUACAGUCUAAGGUGGAUGCAUGGGGUGAUACAUCAUCUGGCAGCUAGCUUCAUAAUGUGAGAAUGAAAGACAUCUGGAUCACUUGUUUACUUCUCUCACUCUUGAGACCACUUCAUAUAUUACUUUUUCAUACAUAGAAAUUUAAUCUUUGUAUAGGCAAACUAUUUUCCAUAUAGGAAAAAAGUAUUUUGUAAAAUAUGACAGGCAGUGGCUCCUGUCAGUAUAACCACUGUACAAAAUCUUCGCAGCCAUUGUAAUUACCUUUUUGUUUUGAGUGCCCUAUUUAGUCUGUGUCUUUAUCCAGCCUUGAUGUGAUUAUGGAAGGGGUGUGCAAGUAGUGCCCCCCCCCCAAGCUUGGACAAACACUGUGUUAUGGAAAACCAAAGUCUGUGUGAAAGUACAUAUUCGG